GAUAGGCACGGUGGAUAUAAGAGUUGUCCUUGUAUGCAGUGUGACAACAUGUUAAACAGCCUGGUCCCGUUUAUUUCCAUACUGUGCUUCUCUGCAGCCCUUGGCGAAACCCUCGAAGAAACCCUUGACUUACCUCGCACGUAUGACUCUUACCAAAAACCAAUAUUCUCCACGAAGACUGCCUAUGACUGGUUGAAGCCAGAAGCAUCUGACUAUUUUGGUACCACCCAUGGCUUGCAGAGCACCGUGCAGUAUGAACAGAGGAACUGCAGCGCUGUGUAUAUCAAUUCUGUCCUCCGUCACGGGUCCCGGUACCCUGGGAGUGAUGACAUUGCUACAAUGUUCAACAUUGAGCGCCUUCUUAAUAAACUCAAUUUGUCGGAUGAAUCCAACCAUUUAGCGUGGGAACUUCGCAACUGGCAGAGCCCGUUCUCCGAAGAAGACAGUGGGUUACUUCUGGAACUUGGGGCCCGGGAGCAUUUCGACAACGGCAUAGAUUUUGCGCGGACCUUCAGUGACCUCAUCGUGCAGAACGGUACCUUAUUACCAAUGGAGUUCAUGAGCUCAUACAAGCAGCGGUGUCGUGAAAGCCUGAAGGCUUUCAAACGUGGGAUGAAGAGCUAUCUGCAGAAGAUGAGUGAUGAGAGCGACAGUGAGUACAACUAUGAUGAGUCGGUGUUUGAGAAUAUGACUCAACAGAGUAUCAACAAUCACCUGAUGCGCUUCUUUGACACAUGCACCAAAUACAGAAGGAUGAUGAAGAAUAUGACGUUCAUGAGUGAAUACCACGAGUUUUACAACAGUAAUCACAUGAACAAGGUGGUCGAUAGCGUACACAAGAGAUUUGGACUCAACGACUCUUUCUUCGAGACAGAAGAUGUACGUGUCAUGCAUGUCGCAUGUGCCAUUGAACAAUGCUUCACCAAUGUUUCAAAUUGGUGCCAACUUUUUGAUGAGGAUGACUUCAAGGUUCUUGAAUAUCUUGGAGAUCUGAAGCAAUACUGGAAGUGUUCCUAUGGCAACCAGAUCAGUUAUGAACAAAGCUGCCCUCUUGCCAAAAGCAUCGUUGAGGAUCUCCAGAAUUCCGUCAAUGCCCACAUUGCAGGGGAAAGGUACACAGUGGCCAAAUUUAUGUUUGGACAUGCUGAGACAAUGGCCCCACUCUAUGCUGCCCUGGGGCUCUUUAAUGAUUCGGAUUUCCUCCAGUCAGAAAGCUACGAGCAGGUUGUCAACCGCAAGUUCCGUACCAGCUUCAUCUUGCCGUUUGGUGCAAACAUAGUCGCCGUUGCAUACCACUGCAGCCCACAGCAGACAUCCGAUGCAGCAGAAAACACACAGGUGACUGACGCAGCGGGCAGUCGGCCGACAUCAGAAGCAGUGGAGACUCGAUGGGUAACCGAGGCAACGAACAGCAAGCAUGAUGAUGGGCAGUCGGAAGACAAAAGGCCCAACCACGAGGACUACGUGGUGCAGUUCUACGUCAACAAACACCCAGUGGCUGUACCUGGAUGCGGAGCGACCUGCCCCUUGGAGAAGUUCAUGUCAAGAUACGGGAGCUUCCUAAACUGUAACUACGAGGAGAUUUGUUCAUUGGAUUCCUCGAAAGUUGAGCUUUAAAUCUGUUGCUGCUCUUGUUAUUAUUUCCCAGCAACAGAUUUCAAAUAUUGGUCAAAUACUGGGAAAGGGUUAGCUUUAAUAUUCCUAUGUUAAGUCAUUGUUGUUGCUGUCGUCAUCAUCAAUAUCAUCGUCACUGCCACCAUUGAUUGUUACCAUCAUCAUCACCUUUACCAGGGGAUGUCUUAAGGUAUGGGUACCAUAUGCAGUUGCCCCAGGGCCUCAUGGGUCUAGGGGCUCUAAUUGUGAACCAUGCACACUAUUGCUUACUGUCAAUAUAUAAAUAUGAUAGGGCCUGGUAUAUUGAUUUGCCCCGGGGUGGAGGUCUACAGUGCUGCUGAGGUGACCCUGUCAUCAUCAUCAUCACCAUCACCACCCUUACCAUCAUUGUCCACUGCCAUCAUCAUCGUCAUCAUCAUCACAAUCACCAUCUCUAUCACCACCGUUACCAUUAUUGACUACCCUCAUCACCUCCAUCAUCUUUAUCUUCAUUGCAAUCAUCAGCGCCAUAACCAUCU